AUGAGAUACGAGCCGCAUAACGUGCUGAUCACUGGUGGAUGCGGAUUUAUUGGCUCGAAUUUCGUCAAUUUUAUCCACAAUGAAUGGCCACGUUGCAGAUUUGUGAAUGUUGAUAAACUCAUCCUGAACAGCGACACACAGAAUGUUGACGAAAAGGUGCGCAAUUCGCCACGUUAUAAACUGGUUCUAGCCGACAUCAAAAACAGGAGAGCAAUGGCGACAAUCUUAGAUGAUAAUCAGAUUGACACAGUAGUUCACUUUGCUGCCGACUGUACGUCUACUCGAUGCUACAGCGAAACUAUUGAAGCAAUAGAAAACAAUGUCAUCGCUUUCAUUGAAUUUCUUGAAGUCGUUCGCGAUUACGGAAUGGUUCAACGAUUUGUUCAUAUUAGCACAGAUGAGGUGUACGGCGACUCUGACCUAGGUGAGGAUGAAGUUGGAAAAUUAGAAGAAAGCCGACUCCUACCCGGAAAUCCCUAUGCAGCUACAAAGAUUGCUGGUGAGGCAUACGUAAGAGUAUUCAUGGCACAGUACAAUAUGCCAUGUAUUAUUGCUCGAUUGAAUAACAUCUAUGGACCGAAUCAGUGGGAUGUAAAGGUUGUUCCGAGAUUCAUCGAAAUUGCUAAGGUACGAGGUCAAUACACCAUACAAGGAUCUGGAAAACAAAUGAGAUCUUGGCUAUACGUCGACGACGCCAGUGCCGCAAUUCAGAAAGUAUGUGAACAAGGAAAAAUCGGCGAAGUGUAUAAUCUCGGCACAUAUUUUGAGAAAAAUGUUGUGGAUCUGGCAUAUGCUAUCCAAGCCGAAGUUGAUAGACAACUUGGUCGUGAAGCGAGUUUACCACGUUUCGUUUCGAUUCCCGACCGCCCGUACAAUGACAUGCGAUACCUCAUUGAUAUUACGAAAGCCGAAAGAGAUCUUAACUGGACACCUCAGAUCAGUUUCGAAAAAGGCUUGGAGAAGACGGUGGCGUCUGCACUAGAAAUGAAGAGUAGCAUCAAAAUGCAUGUUGCUCUGUAUGGAGGAAAAGGAUUCGUUGGACAAGCACUUCAAGAGGUUUUAAAGUCAAGAAAGGUUCCAUACGUUCUCGCUAAGUCUAAAGUCGGAGUAAACACAGAUGCCGAGGUUGAGGAGGAGCUCUCCACACUUAACGUCACUCAUGUGGUCUGCGUUACUGGACGAACUCAUGGAAACGGUAUCAACACAAUUGAAUAUCUCGAAGGUGGCCCCGAGCGUGUUGCUGAGAAUGUUCGUGAUAAUAUGUAUAGUGCCACCGUACUUGCUCACUUAUGCCGUAAACUUGGUAUUCAUUUUACAUACGUGGGUACUGGUUAUAUUUUUUCCUACGACGACGACCACCCAGUUGGAGGUCAACGAUUCACUGAAAAAGAUAUUCCAACAUUUUUCGGCUCCUCGUAUUCGGUAGUUAAAGGCUUCACCGAUCGUCAAAUGUCGCAUUUUAACGAGAAAGGAUGGGAGACCAUGAACGCCAGAAUCACACUACCUCUAACCUUUGAUCCCAGUCAGCCUAGGAAUCUCCUUUCAAAAAUCAUUAACUAUAAGGAACUUUUUGAUCUCCCAGUGUCGAUAUCCAUACUUCCGGAUUGUUUCGAGGCUAUGGUGUCGUUAAUGGAGAAGAGAUUUGGUGGAAAUCUUAAUCUUGUCAAUCCGGGUCCGAUUAGUCUCUACGAGAUUGUGCAACUCUACAAAGACAUUGUCGACCCGGCAGUAGAUCCACAGCCGAUCGGAGUUUCAACAGAGCGUGGACAGAUUCUUCUCGCCACCAAAGGGAACUGCUCUCUUGACACUUCAUUGCUGGAGAAAUUGGAACACGUUCCAACUGCACGAGAAUCUCUUAUCACUAAUUUUAAGCGUAUGAGACAAGAAAAGUCCCAGAUAUAA